GGAUCCGAACACAAACUGUCCUCGGCGCGGAGCCUCUUUAGAAGCGCGAGACACGCCAUCCAUCCGGCGUGUCACCUCCCGUCGGGGUGGUCGGAUUGCAACAGAGGGGCGCGUGCAGACCAUCCGGCUCGAGCCUUCUUAGCCGGGGACUAAUUUCGUGUCCUCCACUUAGGUCUCUCUCCGGGUAAACAGCACCGCCCCGACGGUUGUUUGUUCUAAGUGUGGAACGAUCCGUCGCGCCGCGCCGGGCUCGAUUGACGCUGUCUGCUGAUCUGCUAACUGCGGAUUGCUCAGAAUAACACGGCUGCUCGCUAAUUCCCGUCUACCGGGGCUUUCGCCGGAACACCGAGAGAGUGUAGGGUCCAAAAAAAAAGAAGAGAGAGAGAGACAGAGCGAGAGGGGGGGGGGGGGAGAGAGGGAGGGAAAGAAGCCAACACGGCAGGCAAGAACGCCGCGCCGCCGGAGUCCGCACCCUAAAGAAUGGCUUCAGGAGACCUUUACGAGGUGGAGCGGAUUGUGGACAAGAGGCGGGACAAGAAGGGGAAGUGGGAGUACCUGAUAAGGUGGAAAGGUUAUGGAAGCAAGGAAGACACAUGGGAGCCCGAGCACCACCUACUGCACUGCGAGGAAUUCAUUGACCAGUUCAACAGCUCCAGGCUGCACUCACACAAACGGCACAAGGUUCCAAAAAAUCGUCCACAGCUCCUCAUCAGCAGCCAGCCAUCUGCUACAGAAAACUCCAAAGCUCGGGCCGAGGCCCGGAAGAAGAAAAGGACGUGCGGCCCGGCUGUUGGGGUCAGAGUUGGAGCCGCUCUGGGGAUUGGAAGUGGGGCGACAGCACCCACUCAGAAGCAGAGGAAGGUGGGUGUUGGACCCGGGAAGCAUGCCCUCGGGGACAGAAUUGGCAAAGUGAUGACGUACAAGGCCGUGGGUCCACCGGGAGGGCCCCGCUUUGUUCCUCCAGCGAGGGUUCCUCAGAACGGACUGCAGAAUGGGGAGAUGGAUCCUCUCGUGUACAGGGCAGCAGCCAGGUCCCACAGAGUGGACAGAGAACUAGGAAGCAUGGAUGCCGCUGGACAGAAGUUCACCGCUGAGCUAGUGUCAGGCACCCCUUUGUCCAAUGGCAAGAUGCAUCUGCACAGCUCGGUGAAGCGGAAGUUGGCCGAGGAGAAAGGCUACGUGUUCGACAAGCGGCUCAGGUACAACGUGCGACAAAACGAGAGCCACUGUCGAUUCCGAGAUAUCGUGGUGCGGAAGGAGGAAGGCUUCACGCACGUCCUGCUCUCCAGCCAAACGACGGACAACAACGCUCUGACACCUGAGAUCAUGAAGGAAGUGUGUCGAGCCCUGGGUAACGCAGCUGCCGAUGACAGCAAGUUAUUGUUGCUCAGCUCCGUGGGGACCGUUUUCUGCAGUGGCCUGGAGCCCUCGUACCUUAUUGGCCGUCUGUCCACCGACCGCAGAAAAGAGAGCGGCCGCAUCGCAGAGGCCUUGCGGGAGUUUGUGUUGGCAUUCAUCCACUUCAGGAAACCCAUUGUGGCGGCAAUAAACGGACCUGCUCUGGGUUUGGGGGCCUCCAUCCUGCCCCUGUGUGACGUGGUGUGGGCCAGCGAGAGAGCCUGGUUCCAAACUCCAUGUGCAUCCCUCCACCUCACCCCCUCUGGAUGCUCCUCCUACACCUUCCCCCAGAUACUGGGCGUAGCACUGGCCAACGAGAUGAUGUUCUGUGGAAGAAAGCUCUCAGCACAGGAAGCGUGCAGUCGAGGUCUGGUGUCCCAGGUCUUCUGGCCGACCACAUUUAACCAAGAAGUGAUGCUGCGCGUGAAGGAAAUGGCAUCCUGCAAUGCAGUGGUUUUGGAAGAAUCCAAAUGCCUGGUGAGGAGUAUGCUCAUGUCCGUCCUGGAGGAAGUGAAUGAGAAAGAGUGUCAGAUGCUGAAGCAGCUGUGGUGUUCAACCAAAGGACUGGAGUCACUCUUCAGUUACCUGCAGAACAAGGCGUAGGAGAAGUGAUCAUCCACACCUGGAAAAUCUACAACGAAGGUUAUCUACAGAGGGAUUUCCAGGGGGACAGUGGAGGGAUCUCAUGCUGAAGGAAUAUACAAAUGAAGUCUCUUUGUCUCCAUUGGCCCAGAAGAGGGGAUUUUCUGGAGUUCUGUUUGCUUUCAUGUCCACCAACAACAGCUUCAUUAUCUUCUCCCUUUGUUACCAACCUGUAUUUUAUAUUUAUUGGACCCAGAACUGUUCAGAUGUUUAUUCUCCAGGAGUCUAAGAGCAAAGGGCCAGAUGUGCGUUGCUUGAAAAAACACCGGCCGAGGUUCUUCAGGGAGGUGCAGAGUGUUUCUGUACAAGAGACUCGUGUGUUUAUGAAAUUCUCAGCAGGUGUGAAAUCAAAUGUAUGUCGGAUGGCACAUGGUAAUAUAUAUUUAUUUCAAGUGAGUAAAAGAGUAACUUUAUGAAUUUAAGGGUUUUCCUUGGAUGCUCUGAAGUGUCAAACAAAGUUUGCAUAAGAACACUUUUGUUUUCCUCCUUUCAUGCACAUUCCAUCUUCUCCGUAUGGACAAAAGAAAACUGGCCACAGAUGCUCAUUUAUGUCAGAGGGUCACAUUCAGUGACUGGUUUAAAUUUCAUGAAACACUGGAUAAUUGAUAGAAAUAUAAGCUGUUUAUCAUCAACCCUAGUUAUUGUUCAUACUCUUUAUGUUUUUAUCACACAUAACAGAUAUGUUGUUUGCAAGGAAAUUUGUUUUCAUUAUCACGAUCACCAUACAUUUUCUUCUGUUAUGCGAAUCCAAGAUGAAUUCUCAUUUACUAAUGUGACCGUCUGGUGAUUGGUGUACAAGUACACAUCCUUUUGUGGUCAACAUCCUUUUGUCUUCAGUUAUCAACUUCAACAAAAUUCACAACAGUGUGAUUAAUCUUUUAUUUAUACAAAUGAAAGACUAAUUUCUUUCCCUGGAGACUCCAGGGAUUGGGAGUUUAAAUGCAGAUCAGAACGCUUGGUGCAAAUAGAGAACACUGGAGGCCUCAUUUGCUGGCAUUUCAGAGUAGAAAAUGACUUUAGAUGAUCUUUUUUGAGCACUGAAAAGCGAUCAAAUUGCUUGGUCCUCAAAUGAAUCACAUGGUGACUACAAUAAUUAUCCAUGUUCUAUAUUGUGGAAAUGCAACAGUCUAUUUGUGUAGCUGGAGUCGACUUCCUUCUCUGCGUGUGAUAACUCAAGAUUCCAAGAAAUUGUGUUUUGCAAUGUAGCCUUUAUGUAAGGAUCUUUUUUCCUUUCUUCUUAUUUUAUCCCAAAAACAGUAGGUGUGUGAAAAUAGUUUCUUAGAAAUCUGAAGAUAUUUUGUCCAUUUUUACAGUGGUACACAUGCAGCACAGAAUAAUAUAUAAAGUAGACUUGUGUCUUACUAAUUGCAUGUAACAUACUGUACAUAUAAAUGUGUUGCCUGCCUGAAUACCAGGUUAUGUUUUGUAUAAAUAUUGUAAGUAGAGUUAGAAAUGGUGCAGUUUAUUUUUGUAUUUAUUAGAGAUAACCAUUUGAAUGUGCACUGCCACGUCUCCUAAUCAACCGUUCUUUGGUUUCCCAGAAAACCUUUGUUGAACAAAAUGAGUCCGAUAAUUGAAAAACCAAUGUAUCAACUCUAUUGUCACUUGAUUACUUACCUUUUCAGACAGAGUUCCUUUGUUGUAAACUAUCAAAACUUUAUUGGAUAAUUUAACAUAUAAUGUAUUUGGAUAGAGUUUUAGAGUUACGAAAUGAUCAAUGAAAUACUCGUUGUAGUAUUUCAGAAUUCAAAGUGUGUAUGUUUGUUAUAUUUGCUUUGUGUGUAAGGAAUGUUUGCAGUGGUUUGAUGAAGCAUUGAAGGACAUUUAAACAAUGGAGAACUCCACUAUUAUCAGAAGAAACUAACGGGCAGUUUGGCAACCAAAGACUAUAGGUUUAAGUAAUCAACCAAUGGUGGUUGGGAUUGUAUUUAUUUUUUUACAAGAGAGAUCCCUAUCUGCUUUUUCAACUAAAGUCUUGUUGUGUUGCUAAAACACUCAAUAGCAGCUCUUGUUUGGCUUUAGGGUCCCAAGAAGAGGCUUCAAUGACCCGGUUAAUGUAAAUGUAACUGACCCUUUCACACAUGGGUCUUUAUGUAUUUAUUGAUUUGAUGUACUUAUAAAAAUAUUAGUUGUUUUCAGUGUGUCAUGAGGUAUUAAAUGCAUAUCUUCACUUGUUAUACGCAUUGAAUCCAAAUUCCCUCUACACCAUAUUUGAAGUGUGCUUAAAAUUUGGAGUAAAUAAGUUAUAUCUAAAAAAAAGUAACUGCGAUGCCAUUAUUUAUGUGAAAUUACUGAUUUUGAGAGGUUUGACACAAUAUCUGGUGUGGUCUUGUUAAUGCGUGUUUCAUCAUGUCUCCCCCCCCACAUUGUCUCAAAGCACACCUUGGGUUGCCUUACAAUAUAAGUAUAUGUUAAAGAUUGGUCCAUUCAUUGUGAUGGACGGAGUGAGCUGCUUCAAUAAAAAGAAAAAGUG